AUGUUCCGCCUUUUUGUGACGUUCACGGCACUUUUCGUGUUGAUCAAUGCAGAAUUGCGAAGAUUUCCAUUAAAUAAGGCAAACUCCGUUCGAAGAUCGAUUGACAUCUAUCAUCGAAAGAGUCGUCUAAUUCCAGUGAGCACUGGUAUUGUAACCAAGGUACCUUUAUUCAAUGGAUAUUUAUAUCCAAGUGCUCCGUAUUAUAUCGUUAUUACAAUUGGAACUCCACCGCAGAAGUUUAAAGUAAUUAUCGACACUGCUUCUUCAGAUUUGUGGAUCCCAUCAAAAUGCUACAUUUUGAAUAAUGUUUCUCGCGAAUCACAUAAUUUUUAUAAUUACGAAAAAUCCAUAACCUUCGAGUCAUAUGCUGAUAUUUUCAAUGUUACGUACACACAUGGAACUGUGCACGGAUAUUUAAGUACGGAUGUAGCGAAUAUUGCUGGCUUUAAUAUUCCAAAUCAAGUAUUCGGUGAAGUAAUAAAAGCAUCAGGAAUUAUGUUUAUCCAUUUGAAAUUCGAUGGACUCUUAGGAAUGGGUUAUCCGGAAAUGGCAUAUAUCAAAGGAGUAACUUCCGUUUUCAAUAAUAUUUUUAGACUAGGUUUAAUUGAGCCAGUUUUUAGUCUCUAUGUGAAUCGAAGUUCUAUAUCCGAAUUGGUUGGUGAACUAAUCUUAGGUGGCUCUGAUCCUAAUCAUUAUUUAGGCGAAUUUACGUAUGUUGAUGUUACUCGCAAAGGAUACUGGCAAUUUAGGAUGGAUAAGAUUCAAAUAGAAAAUAUCACCUUAUGCCUGAAUGGCUGCGAAGCUCUUGUCAACACGGCUAGUAAUCUAAUACUUGGAUCAUCUGUGUAUAUUGAAAUUAUUAACAAACUAAUUGGAGGAGUUUAUGCUGAAGAGGCAAAAACAAUUAUUACUAACAUUAAGCUUCGUUUGAAGGUGGAGUGCGAUAGGGCAGUUAAUUUUCCCAAUAUCAGUUUCUUCAUAGGUGGUGAAUCAUUCGAAAUCACUUAUACAGAUUAUAUUCAUGUGAAUAUGGUGAACGGUACGAUGGAGUGUCUCAGCGCUUUUGCGAAUACGAAGAAAAGUAAUUUCAAUGACGAAUCGAUUUGGCUUUUGGGACAAGCAUUUCUACGUCGGUAUUAUAUCGUGUUCGACAUGAAGUACAAUCGGAUGGGAUUUGCCUUUAGGAAUGAUUAA